GCUCCUUCACCUCUCCUCCCAUCCGAGAGCACAGCUAUACGGAGACAAUAGGACGCAGAGCCGCAGGGGGCAGCAGGAUGCUCUGAGCUCGAUCACGGCUCCUCUCCUGGACCACCCGGCCUUAGUAUGCGCUCACAUCCACCCGCAGGAGGGUCCGACAGGGUGGACUACACAGCCUCCAUGUGGAGACAAUCUCAUCAGAUCGCCUUCUGUUAGCCGCUACACCUGCACCACCUGAGAGUCCAUUCACCAGUUCUUCCACCUGUCCAUCAACAGAAUUAGUCUGCAGCACGAGUUCCUCUCCACUAGUUUCACGAGCUAACAUGGACAUCCUGGACGAGCUGCAGCUGAUUGCUGCCCAGAAUCUUGAAAGGCUAGAGGUCAACAAGUACUAUGAGGUGAUCCGGGAGCUGGGCAAGGGCACCUAUGGCAAGGUGGACCUGGUCAUUCACAAGAUCAGAGGGACAAAAAUGGCCCUAAAGUUUCUGAAGAAGAAGACGACCAAGCUGAAGUCUUUUCUGCGGGAGUACAGCGUCUCCCUCUACCUGUCUCCCUGUCCCUUCAUCAUCAACAUGUUCGGCAUCGCCUUUGAGACUGAUGAGUUCUACGUCUUUGCUCAGGAGUACGCUCUAGCAGGAGACCUCUUCGAUAUCAUUCCACCACAGGUCGGUCUUCCUGAGACGGUGGCAAAGCGUUGUGUGCACCAAGUAGCCAUCGCUCUGGACUAUCUGCACUGUAAGAAACUGGUCCACCGGGACAUCAAGCCAGAAAACAUUCUCAUCUUUGACAGAGAAUGUCGCAAAGUCAAGUUAUCUGACUUUGGCAUGACCCGUCGAGCUGGCUCACCCGUGAAAAGAGUGAGCGGAACCAUUCCCUACACGGCUCCGGAGCUUUGUGAUGUGUCCUGCCACGAGGGCUUCUGUGUGGACUUCAGCACAGACGUCUGGGCCUUCGGGGUGCUGCUCUUCUGCAUGCUGACUGGGAACUUCCCUUGGGAGAAGGCACUGCCCACUGAUUCAUUCUACCAGGAAUUUGUCCACUGGCAGAGGCGGCGGACGAACACUGUGCCGUCCCAGUGGAGGCGCUUCACAGAGCAGGCUCUCCGAAUGUUCCGUCGGCUGCUCUCGGUGGAGCAGGAGCGUCGCUGCUCCGUUAAAGAGGUGUUUGGCUACUUCAGCCACUCCUGGAUGCUGGACGGAGAGAAUGAUAACAACAAUGGCAUCGCCGGAGGAGGCGGGGCGAUGGUCACCAGUAGGAGUGGUGAAAAGGGAGGAGGGAAUGUGCGAGGAGAGAUAGAUGGCACCAUCUCAUCCUCUUCAUCUGGAGAGGAAGACGAGGAUCUCCUUGUGGAAAGGAUGAAGCAGCAGACUCUGUCGCCCCGUACCCCGCUGUCGCCUCUAUCUCCCAUGGUGGUUGAGAGGAGCGGUGGAGGUGCCAAAGGAGGGAUGAGUGAACAAAGCGGAGGGCACACGUUUGUCUCCGUCUCCACUAACAGUUCUGUGUCGUCCACCAACAGCUACGACCGAAUGCCACGAGAAAACAGCUCACCAGGAGGCCGCAUGCUGGUUGCUACGCCCAUCGAGAUCUGUGUCUGAGCAUGUCUGGGCGUGGCCACACCUUGAUACCUCUACUUCAUUGUGCAUGCACUGCAAAAGGAACUCCAGUAGAACAUUCGUCUCGUUUUAAAAAUCUGAGAAAGGAAGAGCACAUGACAGAGGACAUUUUUGCAGAACACACACAUUCCUCGUGAGGAAGACUUUCAACUCAACUCAAUAAAAGGCUUGUUUACAAUCACGGCUGAAGGCGUGGAAAUAUUAAAAAUACAUCCUGUCCGGUGGAGAAGAAAACCAAAAUGUAUUUCUGAAAGCAAUACCUGUGAGGCAAAAGGGGGGAGGGGUGUGAACCCUAACAUGACGGAGACAUCGUAACGAGAAAACUUUGUUCUGUGAAUCUAAAAGAAGUGGAUUUAUUUUGUUUUGAGAAUUGUGUUAUUUAUCUGUAUCUAAAAGACUAGAAGAUCUAUUUUUUCUAUUUAUUUGUGUAUUUUUUGUAAGGUAGCUUUCUUUGUUUUCCAUUUGAGUAAAACCUGCCGGAUCUAAGCUUGCGUUUGGCCGUUGCUCAGAUGGGUGUGUGCAGAUCAGACUGAAACCUGUGUGAGAGCGAAGAUCAUACUUUAAAUGUUUCACUCUUCAUGUUUCUUUUUGUCCUGUAUGGCUAAAAAAAAAUACUAAUAACAGAAAUUAACUCCAUUAAACCAAGAGAACAACACCAAGUUCAUAUAACUGCAUGAAACGUAGCUUUAAGUCACAAAAAUGUAAAUGACCAGUAAAAAAAGGUCAAAUCAGUUCAUGUUAUUGUGAUUUAUGACUUUGUUUAUUUUUAUUGGCAGUGGCGCACUUCCAGCAUCGUGUCUGGAGGGAAAACAGUAAUAACAUUGUGGAAAACAGGGCAUCACUUAGAAACGUGAUCCGAGUUCAUUUUUACUUGUGUGAUGUAGUAGUGCUAUUGUUGUGUUCUUAUCGCACCACGGUAGAAAGCCGGGUGCAGACAUUUUUAUUGUGAUACUUGUUUGGUGAUACGUUUUCCUUCAAAGUGUCCUUCCAUCAGGUAAUACGGCCGUUAGUUUUUUUUUCUUUCACUGGAGUGUGAUCCUGUUUAACAGUUUUAAACAACAUCGUAUCUGUUGUACACAUUGUUCUAGAAACGUUGGCUAGGUUUGAUGAUGUGGCGGCCAGCUCCAUCUCAGCCAAGCGUGACGUGCGCUGCCUUCUUCAAACAGCUCAGCUCUCUUUCACGGUUCUCAUUUAGAAACUCUGAGAUCACUUCCCCAAUGUUAACGUCUCCAGAAGCUAAAUGUAGCAGUUUUGGUCAACUCAGAAGCAAAGUUUGGCAGAACAGAUCCUCUCAAAGUCACCAAGUCAUGAGUUAGGUAGGGAUGCAUCUGCACGUCUAACUCGUACUGAAUCAUCCUAAGCCAGGGGGAGGAAAUCCCGGUCCUGGAAUGCCGCUAUCCAGCAUGUUUUAGUUGUUUCCCUGUUCCAACACACCUGAUUUUAAUCAGUAGGUGAUUAACAGGCUUCUGCAGAGCAACCAUUCAGUUAGGCGUGUUGGAGCAAAAACAUGCUGGAUGGCACUCCAGGAUCAGGAUUGCCUACCCCUGUCCUAAGCUGUCAGGAGCCCAAGCUAGCUACUGUCUAAAUUAUCAUAAAGGAAAAUUCAGGAAAAAUACCUCAGUAGUUUUCAUUAGAAAACAUGAAACAAGCAAACCAUCCAUUUCUUCAUGGCUAGGCUUGGUUAUGCAUUGAGAUCCACCAGAAGAGAGGGUUCUGAUUGUUAGAAUAAAUGUUGAAAAACACAUCAUUUUAGUCUCUAACUAUUUAAUGGGAUGAUAACCAACCCUAGUCUAAAAGUUUAUAAAAUAAAGUUUGUGUAAUCCCUGGUGAGGUUUUCAAGCCUGGAACACCAGUACCCUUUAGAGGUGGGUCUCUCCGUCCUUCCGGCUUAGGUCCAUUUGAACGGUACUGACAGAAAGGAUGAGUACCAUCUUAAAGUCCUGCCUAAGUGACCUCUGGAAUGCCCUGAAUUGUUUUUGUGCUGCUGCUGAUAUUUACAUUCAUGAGUGACCACAAAAGUCUGUGUGAAUGACUGUUAAGCCAAAUGGACAGAGGGAUUUAUAAAACACCAACCUAGCAUGAACUGCGAAGAGGUUUUAUGUUUUGCAUUGGCAACACCUUGUUGUGGUCUCGGCUGCAGCCGGACCAGCUGCUCUUAGGUCCGGCGGACAUAAAUAAAUAUUUGUAUUUGUUGAAGCCGAGGCGCUACAACAGGUAUGACAACAGUUAUAACAUACGACACAGACACACUUACUCUUCAUGAAUAUCAGAAAAGAAGGGAAAAAUGAUUAAAUCAUACAGAGAAGUGGUUUGUUGCUUUCCCGCCAUAAAUCUGCAUGACUGUGUAUGCUAAAAGCGUUGUUGUGCAACCCUGCUCCGUGUUUCCCACGUUCACACGCUGUAGAUGUAGAAUAGCAGCAAACAUGCUUCUUUAUCUUGUGUGUCCGUAGCCUCAGCAUGAAUCUGCCUGAGGAGCAGCGGUGCACCCCUCCCUUAGUGCUUAUGCAGAUUACUCCAUCUUGUGACAAUCUCUGACCUCACUGGCAGCCUCCUGACUCAGAACAAAGAGCCGUCCUGAUACAGACCCUGGCUUCCAGCUGCCGGUGCCCACAUGAGAUACAUGUGAUCUUAUGAAGCCAACAUGGUGUCAUCCCUCCCCGUGUAAAAACCUGGCCCUGCUCUUUUUCCCUUCAGUGCAUGUGAAUGUUCCCUGUUAGGCCGUCGGUAGGAAAGCUCAGAUGUGAUCUGAUGGUUUUUCAGUUAUUUGUAUAUUUUGUGCUGCAUCAAUGAGAACCGACGUUAUUGGCGGCUUUGUCCGAGCCACCGCUGCCUUUUCUCUUCCUCGUGUCCGAGUCGGUUACAGCUGCUCCAUCGUCCCAUCCAUGAAGUGAUGUGUUGUAAUAAAUCGCUGCUGCCAGUUUUACAGAAUCCUAAUUUUAGUGGAGUUUAGUGAGUAGAUGACCACAGAACUAGAACCUGUGUCCACUUUUUCAUUGCAAUACAACCGUCUUCCUGUAAGCUGAGAUUUAGUCAAUAAAUGAGAAUCUGUGUUGGAGUGA